AUGGCGCUGCAAACCAAACGCGUCAACGACCUCAACAUGGCCUUGAUCUUCACCACCUUCGCACAUGUGAUGGAAGCGCACAAGAAGUACCGGUGCGAGGAUUUCAUUUCGAGCGCCGAGUACAUUGCGAAGCAACUCAUGGUCCCCAAGAACGAGCAGAUGUUCCACACCUUCGCGGCCGGGGACAUCGUCAAGGACGUGGAGCAGGCCGAAGAAAAGUUCUGCCGAUGCAUCACCCUUGGCAAGGCUGGUGCCCACAGCAUGCUCGAAGAGCUGGCCUACUACCUGCUGGGCAAGUCCCAGAUGGCCGUGGAGAAGUGGGCCGGACACGAGCAGGACUUGAAGCAUGCACGUGCCUCAUAUGACGUGGAGAUUUUUACAAGGACCUCCUUCCAGGGCGCCCCGGCGCAGGCCCACGGCCAGGGCCCGCCACAGCAGGGUGGGGGCCCGCCGCCGCAGGGCGGGGGCCCGCCUCAGCAGGGCGGCUACCAGGGCCAUCCGCCCCAAAACGGAGGCUAUCCGCAGGGCGACCAGCCCCCUGGGGCGGAGGGCGGCCCUCCUGGCGGGACGAUGGCCGCAAGCAGCGGGAAGACACUGACCUUCACGACUCAACUAGGCAAGAAAGUCGAGGUCAGCGGCGAAAGCUAUGAUGCCUGCCUUCAGUCAUGCCGUGACUCUCCGGAGUUGAAGGAUCAGAACCAAGCCGGCGCGUGGGGCGUCGCCGACGCUGCGCUGGGCGGGGAGAGAGCGAACCAGGCGCGUUGCGCCGAGUUCUGCGAGACAGAGUUUGAGCUUCUCUGCUUCCCCGGGGAGUCGAAGGUGCUCGUCCGUGGCCGAGGGGCCGUUCCAGUGUCAACCCUGGCUGUUGGUGACGAGGCACUCUCGGCGAUCCCGGAUGGCUCUGGCGGAUGGGAGCUUCGCUUUGACAGAGUGGUAGCGUUCCUUCACCGUGCGCCGUCUACUGAAGCCGAGGUGCUGCAGAUCUCUCACGAGCUAGGAAAGGUCGAGCUCACUCCCAGCCAUCUUCUUUUCGUCCAUAAGGACGGCGGGCCUGCUCUGCCCACGCUCGGACGGGAGGUAGUGGAAGGCAACCGGCUGGUUGCCGCCUGGGUGGAUGGCACUGUUGCCACGCCCAAGGUGACGCGCAUUGAGACGGUGCGACGGCGAGGGCUGUAUGCGCCACUUCUUAGCGGAGGGACGCUUUUGGUAGACGGCACGGUGGCUUCGUGCUACGCGCUGCCAACCUUGAUCGCCGGCUCCGUGGGCUUUCAGCGGCUGGUGUCUGCCCUGGGAUGGAGAAACAUCCAGCCCCUUGCCCAGCUAGCCUUCACGCCCGUUCGGCUCAUGCACUACCUUUCAAGUGCACUACCGGAGCCGAAUGCUGUGCCCGACAGCAGUGAAGACAAAGCGCUCACCAAGAAGGUGAUGGACACGCCAACAUCGGCUUACAACCCUUACGCAUGGGUCCUUUACGUCCUUGGAGCUAACCUUCUCUGA